AAACUCAUUUUGAGUUCUAGGUCAUGGAGUGUGAUUGUGUGUCAGUUUCCUUAAAAAAAAUGAUGAAUGUACAAAGUUUAUACAAUGUGAUAUGAAAUUUAAUUAUUAAUUUUUUAAUUUAUUUAAGAGUUACAUGUAAAUUAAUAUAUAUGUAUCAUGGAGGAGCAAGGGGAGCGCCCAAAAUUGGAAGGGGUUUGCUUUAAGCAAGUGCAACCCGAAGAUAAUAGACAGCUCAUCGAGGCUUUUACUGCUGACGAGAUUAAGGCAGCAAUAUGGGAAUGCGAUAGUUCGAAAGCGUUGGGACCCAACGGAUUUAAUUUCAGAUUUGUUAAGAGCGAGUGGGAAGUAAUCAAAGAAGAUGUCAUUGAUUUCCUACAAGAGUUCCACAAAAACAGCAAAAUGGUGCGGGGUUUGAACUAUUCUUUUAUUGUCCUAGUGCCAAAGGUGGACAACCUGCAGAAGAUCGAGGAGUACAAGCCUAUAUCGCUUAUUGGUGUUAUCUACAAAAUCUUGGCUAAGAUACUAGCUAAUAGACUAAAGAAGGUACUUGAUGAGUUAAUUGGCAAGCAACAGAUGUCAUUCAUCAGCGGUAGGCAGUUAAUGGAUGGGGUUGUUAUUGCAAACGAGCUGGUUGACGAAGCAAAGAAGAGAAAGAAGAGUUCUUUUAUGUUUAAAAUUGAUUUUGAAAAGGCUUACGACAAGAUAUUGUUCGGUUCAGCCACAGAUGAAAAUGUGUGGGCAAUGAAAGGAAUCUUGAGAGCAUUCGAGCUAUGCUCUGGUCUGAAAAUCAAUUUCCAUAAGAGUCAACUGCUGGGGGGGAAUAGGAUAAAUUGGGUGAAAUGGGUUGAGGUUUGUAAGGAUAAAGAAAGAGGAGGGCUAGGAGUAAAAGAUCUAGGGAAACUUAAUUUCGCUUUGUUAGGUAAAUGGUGGGGGAGGUUAGUGUCAGAGGAGAGAGGUCUGUGGAAGAAGGUCAUAUGUGAAAAGUAUGGCAUAAAAGGGGAACAUAGUUGCAAUUGGUUGAGGGUGGGUUUCAAUUUUGGUUCAAUGUGGUGGAGAGACACAUGCAGGCUAGACUCUAUAGUAGAGGAGAAGCAGGGAUGGUUAGCCAAUGGUUUUAAAAUAAAAGUGGGGGGAGGAGACUUGGUCAAAUUCUGGUGGGACAUUUGGAGUGAGGGGGAGAGCAUUGCUAACAAAUUUCCAAGACUCUAUUCUCUGUCAACAGGUAAAGAUAACAAAAUAUCCCAGAUGGGGGAGUGGGUGCAUGGAACUGGAAAUUACAUUGGAGGAGGAGCUUGUAUAGUUGGGAAAAACAACAAGAAGAAGAAUUGCAGAGGGAGCUUCAAAGAACCCCAGUCAUGAGAGGCAAGCUGGAUCAGUGCGUGUGGGUACACUCUAAGGAUGGAUGCUACUCCAUGAGAACAGCUUAUCAAGUAUUAACGGAAGCACAAAGUCCGGCCCAACACAGUGCAGCUUUAAGCAAAGUUUGGAAUGUUUUCACCCCCAGUAAAAUAGCAGCCUUUUC